AUGUCCUCAAGCAAUAAAAAGCUAUCUUUAGAAGAACGGCUCUCUUUAGCCGCAAGUAAGAAGGGCAAAAAGAAGUCGAAGAAACCUGCAUUAAAUGCAGCUCUGUCUUCACCUUCUCCCAGUCCCUUACCGUUGGAUUCAGAUGCAGAGGCAGACCACAGCAGUCAGAUUCUUGCGGAAACUGAGCCUCAUAAACAAGAAGAGUACGAGUUGGAUCCUUUUUUCAAACAAUGUCUGCCUGAUAAUUUCAUGGAAUUGGAUCCCAUAAGACUUAUAGAGUUGAUAAGGCCUAACGUGGAAAAGUUAAACAAGACGCAAGAUUCUAGUCUUUUCAGAUUAGUUAAAGAGAAAGACGAGUCCAUCCAGAAACUGGAGAAGACAAAUGAGCUUCUAUCCAAGAAUGAAAAAAAAAGUCUAUACACAAUCAGUCAAUUGGAGGAGAAAUCUACAAAACUUGAAAACGAGUACGACAUUUUGAAAUCUGCCGAUAAGAAGAAUACCGUAAAGAUAGAUCAAUUAAAAAAAGAACUCGCAGCAUUGAAUAAAAUUAAUAAAGAAGGAGAAUCUAAUUUUAAGGAGCUUACGAAGAGGGAAGAAGAUUGGAAAAACAUAGAGACUAAACUGGAGAGCAAGGAACGUACUAUUGAAGAAUUGAAUGCUACGAUCCAAGCUCUUGAAGCCUCUUCAAAACAAGAAAAAAAUGAUCAUGAGGAAAAAGUAAAGCGUCUAAUUGAGUCGAAUAAUGAGCACAUAAUAUCCCUAGAAUCAAGCUUAGAGCAGCUUAGAAUUCAGUUGAGCGGUUCUGAGUCAACAGCUGAUGAUAAGGAAGGCGGGGCUAUAAAUACAGAAAGCUAUUCACUCUUGCAAGAACAGCUUACUUCAAGCAAAAAAAAUUGGGAAUCUAUUGAGUUUCAAUUAAAUUUGAAGAUGACUAAUUUAGAAACUUCUCUAGGAGAAAAAGAGAAGCUUAUAACAGGUCUUAAUACAGAGAUUCAGAAUUUAAAAGUAGAAAAUUCGAGGUUAGUUACUGAAAUUGAAGCGAAAAAGGAGGAGAGUAAAACAUUGAGGCUACAAUUCAAAGAGACUUCAAACAAAACGAGUAUUUUAGAAAUGUCAUUGAAUAAUUUGAAAGACGAUUAUAACCUCUUAGAGAGUAAAUACAUGAUUCAAAAAUCACAAUUAGAAAAUAAUAUCAAAGAAGAUCACAGUGCAAACGAAAUAAUCAAACACUUUGAAAAUGGAUCUCAUGAGGACUGGUUUCUUCAGGCCGAAUCCUCUUUAUUGUCUAUAGAAGAAAAACCUCAGGAUGAACGAAAAAAUACGGUAACAGAUGAUAAUUCGAAUUUACAAAUUGAUAUAAACGAAAUACCAGAUGAAGCUGCCACAAUGACACAACAUGCUUACAAUGAUGAUUCAUUCAUGAGAAAUAGUUCGGCUUCGUUAUUCCGUAAGCCUAGCACUAAUAUACAAUCAAACAGUAAUAACAUUGACUCCGGUACUACACAAAUUGUCACUAGAUUAGGUGCGGAGAUUAGAAGACUAGAAGGUGAAUUAAAAUCAAUACAAGAUCGAUACAAUAAUCUUUCUCAUGAGAAAAGUAAUGCUAAUGAAGAAAUCUUGAGAUUAAUGAAUGAAAAUGGCCAAUAUCAAUCGUUGAAGGAAGAAAAUGAAAACCUUCAACUGCGCAUUAACGAAUUAAAUCAUAAAUUGGAGGCCUCACUGCAAGUGUUAGGCGAAAAGGCAGAACAAAAUCAAGAACUAGAGAAUGAUGUUAGUGACCUUAAGGAAAUGCUGCAUUUACAAGUUCAACAGAUGGUCGAAAUUCAAGAAAAAAUUUCCGAUCUGAAAUAA